ACAAACAAGGAAUUCGCGUUUGAACAAUCUUACGUGUCAUUUUAAGUGAUUCAGUGAUUCAGAAAACCUCCUGGAGGCUUUUAGUUAUCAAGUCCUUGCUCCUCAUUGAUGAGCCGUCUCCCAUCUGAUCACUGUUAAUAACGGCUGAAGGAUGAAGGCUCUGAUUCUGGUUGGGGGGUARGGGACCCGGCUGCGACCCCUCACCCUGAGCGUCCCCAAGCCCCUUGUGGAGUUCUGCAARAAGCCCAUCCUCCUGCAUCAAGUGGAGGCUCUGGUGAAGGCUGGAGUGACCCACGUAGUUCUGGCUGUGAGCUACAUGUCAGAGCUGCUGGAGAGAGAGAUGAGAGUCCAGGAGCAGAGGCUCGGGAUUCAGAUCUCUCUGUCUCAUGAGAAGGAGCCUCUGGGAACRGCGGGCCCCCUGGCGCUGGCUCGGGACCUGCUGAACGUCGACAACGAGCCGUUCUUCGUCCUCAACUCGGACGUCAUCUGCGAUUUUCCCUUCAAAGAUCUGCUYCAGUUCCACCGCAGCCACGGCAAGGAGGGGACCAUCGUGGUCACACGGGUGGAGGAGCCGUCGAAGUACGGCGUGGUGGUGUACGAGUCCGACAGCGGCAGGAUCCAGCGCUUCGUGGAGAAACCGCAGGUCUUCGUCUCCAACAAGAUCAACGCCGGCAUGUACAUCUUCAAUCCCAGCAUGCUCAGCAGGAUCCAGCUCAGACCCACGUCCAUAGAGAAGGAGAUCUUUCCUGUCAUGGCGGAGGAGGGUCAUCUGUACGCCAUGGAGCUGCAGGGCUUCUGGAUGGACAUCGGUCAGCCUAAAGACUUCCUCACAGGGAUGUGUUUGUACCUUCAGUCGCUCCGGCAACACGCCCCGGAGAGGCUGCACACGGGGCCCGGUUUCCUCGGCAACGUCCUGGUGGACCCCACGGCGCAGAUCGGGAAGAACUGCACCAUCGGCCCCAACGUGACCCUCGGCGCCGGCGUGGUGUUGGAGGACGGCGUYAGGAUCAAGCGCUGCACGGUGCUGAAGGGCUCCAGGGUCCGCUCGCACUCCUGGCUGGAGAGCUGCAUCGUGGGCUGGAGCUCGUCUGUGGGCCAGUGGGUGCGGAUGGAGAACGUGACGGUGCUGGGCGAGGACGUGAUCGUGAACGACGAGCUCUACCUGAACGGCGCCAACGUCCUGCCUCACAAAUCCAUCAACGAGUCGGUGCCAGAGCCGCGCAUCAUCAUGUAGCGCCGGGCGGAGGAACAAAAACACACAAACUGAACCAAAAACCCAAACCGUGCCGGAGAAACACAGAWCAUCAGUCGAGUGGAGGAAGAACAAACGACUUCUUUAUUUUUAUUUUCUUCUUUUUUUAACGUUAAAACAGACUUUCAGCCUCGUUCGGCUGCAUCUUCACCGGAGAGAAAUCGUGGCACGACUACCGGAGGCUAGUUUACCCUCUGAGAGGACGACCCUGUCCUGAACGUGACGGAUAGAUUAGAGGACAGAGACGAGGACGAGGUUUGGACACUGGGUGGAGGGAUCAGGACGGGUGGUGGGGUUAGAGAGCAGAACCAACACUAGAUUAUUCAUUUAAAAUGAAGAAAAAGCAGAGAUUUCGAUCCAGUUUACUGAAAAACUCUGUAAAAAUGUGAAUAUUUGAGGCGUCAGAAUGAAUCUUUCUGUUGAACUUAAUGAAUCUCAGUUUGGUUUGAUUUAUUAUCGUUACUUAACAGAUUUUUUUCUUGUUUUAAAACAAACCAGUUACUGAAUCUGUAAAAAAAAAAACAAUAAGAAAAUUCAUAGGAUUUACAAUCAAAAGUUUAUAAAUUGUUUCUUUCAGUUUGCAUCUGGAAGCUUUGAGGAAGAAAAGGACACAAACUCGACACUUUGAUUCCAUCUCAUCAUAAAAAUCUGUUUACAGUUUGAUCUUUUCUCAGAUUUAACAGAGAAACUAAAAAAUCUGGUGAAGAUGAGUAUUAAAGUAUCAAAUGAUUUGAUCCAGAAACAGAUUAGAGUACAAGAAAAGUUUCUUCUUUAGUUUCWUCCCUUUAGUUCAAUUUGAUUUGUUUCUUUUAUUUGAUCAAAUCAAAACCUAAUUUAAAYAACACGUUUUUCCAGAUACAAAAAUUAUGUCUAUUUGCCAUUUGAGAGGAAUAAACAACAACAUUGUAAGGACAAAUAAGAACAAAACUCAUUUUAUCAGCUUUUAUAAAACCCAACAUAUUCUCAAACUUUUAGGAAAUCAACUAAUUUAAUCUGUAUAAAUAUCUGUAUUUUGURAAACAAUAAUUCCUUUAUGGCUCUAGGAAGAUAAACCCAAAUGUUUUAUGUAGAACAUAAGUUUGGGUCGACUUUUAGCACUUACUGUAUGUUAAGUGGAUGCUCUUAUUUUCUGCUUCAACAGAACCUGGAUUUUUUMAGUUUGACUAAAACAUCCAGCUGCGAGCGGUGUCCACCAGAGGCCGCCAGGCUUGAUUUUUGUGGUCGAAGCUAAUUUAACAACCACUUCCUGUUAGCUGAAGCUACUAGGAACUCAGAAGUGAAAGAAAUAAUUUAAAUUCUUCAGAUUGUGUGAGUUUAAAGACUCCUCUCUGAAUGUUCAAACACUGUUUGAUUUAAAACUGUUGUGAUGUUUGUUUUCCUUUGAACGUUAUAAAACAAUCUACUAAAAACA